AUGCAAAUGGACGAUCAAAAUUUGUAUGAAAUACUAGAAAUAGACUCUUCUGCUACAUCUGUGGAAAUCAAAAAAGCAUAUAGAAAGUUGGCAUUGAAAUAUCAUCCUGAUAAAGUAGCAGAAGAAGAUAGAGAAGAAUCAGAAAUACAUUUUAAAAAAAUCUCCUUUGCUUACGAAAUAUUGAUAGAUGAAACCAAACGUGAGAAUUAUGAUACUUAUGGAACAACCGAUUCACCGUUUGAACAAUUUUAUGGAGGUUCAGCAAAUGACUUUGGAGCUAAUGAUUUUUAUGACUUUUUCAGGAGCGAUACGAAACCAAAAAAUAAAACAGAAGAUGCACAUAUUAAGGUGGAAGUAACAUUGGAAGAACUUUAUAUUGGAAAAGUAAUUAGAACUGCAUCUACUAGAAACAAAAUUUGUGUUACAUGUAAGGGAAGUGGUUUAAGAUCAUUGAAUGUGGAAAGUAAAAAAUGUGGAAUUUGUAACGGAGAAGGAUUUACUCGAAAAAUUCGAAGAGUUGCACCAGGUUUAGUUGCUCAAGAUUAUGUAGAUUGUACUACUUGUCAUGGUUCAGGUAAAAUCUAUCGAACAAAGGAUAGAUGUAAGACAUGUAAGGGAGCUAGAAUAAUUGAAGAAACUAAAAUUUUAGAGUUUGAAAUACCUAAAGGUUCAGCUAAUGAAGGAUCAAUUGUUAAAAAGGGAGAAAGUGAUGAAUAUCCUGGUAAAACAACUGGUGAUAUAAUACUAGACUAUCAAUGCAAAAAACAUUCAAAAUUUGAGAGAAGAGGAGAUGAUCUAAUAAUGAAUAUCAAAAUCUUUCUAGUCGAUGCAUUGACUGGUUUUGAAAAAACUAUUGAACAUUUAGACGGAAGAGGAAUAAAAGUACAUUCUAAGAAGGUCAUACGGCCUGGCGAUUAUAUAAAGAUAACAGGAGAAGGUAUGCCUAAGUCAAAACAAUCAUGGUUUAAAGAAAAAACAGGUGACUUAUAUAUAAAGGUUGAUAUAGAAUUUCCUCAAGAUAAUUGGUUUGUCGAAAAGGGAGAUAUUGAAAAAUUGAAAAAUCUUAUACCUGGAAAGAUUAAGGAGGAAGAGAAAAUUCAUCAAGCAAAUAUUCAAUUAUAUACUGAUUUUACCAUAGUUAAAGAGUUGCCUGAACUACAUAAACCACCACAACCAGAGAAAGAACCAGAACAACCUCAAUGUAAUCAGCAAUGA